CGGACCUGCGCUGGUGUCUUCAUCUUUGCCACUUCAGCUGCCUCCCCUGGAUUUGAGUCGCGCGCUUUCUUGGUUCCCUCGCUGCUGGGUUGGCAUCCCUCUCGCGCCCCUGGGCAAGGGGUCUGAGGGGGCUGUUGAUCGCCGCCUUUAAGUUGUGCUUGGGGCGGCCAUGUCGGCCGGCGAGGUGGAUCGCCUAGUGUCGGAGCUGAGCGGCGGGACCGGAGGGGAUGAGGAGGAAGAGUGGCUCUAUGGCGGCCCAUGGGACGUGCAUGUGCACACUGAUUUGGCAAAGGACUUAGAUGAAAAUGAAGUUGAAAGACCUGAAGAAGAAAAUGCCAGUGCUAAUCCUCCAUCUGGAAUUGAAGAUGAAACUGCUGAAAAUGGCGUACCCAAACCGAAAGUGACCGAGACUGAAGAUGACAGUGAUAGUGACAGUGAUGAUGAUGAGGAUGAUGUUCAUGUCACUAUUGGAGACAUUAAAACAGGAGGACCACAGUAUGGGAGUUACGGUACAGCACCUGUAAAUCUUAACAUUAAAACAGGAGGAAGAGUUUAUGGAACUACAGGAACAAAAGUCAAAGGGGUUGACCUUGAUGCACCUGGAAGUAUUAAUGGAGUUCCACUUUUGGAGGUAGAUUUGGAUUCCUUUGAAGAUAAACCAUGGCGGAAACCAGGUGCUGAUCUCUCUGAUUAUUUUAAUUACGGAUUUAAUGAAGAUACUUGGAAAGCUUACUGUGAAAAACAAAAGAGGAUACGAAUGGGACUUGAAGUUAUACCAGUUACCUCUACUACAAAUAAAAUUACGGCCGAAGACUGUACUAUGGAAGUUACACCAGGUGCAGAGAUCCAAGAUGGCAGAUUCAAUCUUUUUAAGGUACAGCAAGGAAGAACUGGAAAUUCAGAGAAAGAAACUGUACUUCCAUCUACAAAAGCUGAGUUUACAUCUCCUCCUUCUCUGUUCAAGACUGGACUCCCACCAAGCAGAAACAGCACCUCUUCUCAGUCUCAAACAAGUACUGCCUCCAGAAAAGCCAAUUCGAGCGUUGGGAAAUGGCAGGAUCGUUAUGGGAGGGCUGAAUCACCUGAUCUAAGGAGAUUACCUGGGGCAAUCGAUGUUAUUGGUCAGACCAUAACUAUCAGCAGAGUAGAAGGAAGACGACGGGCAAAUGAAAACAGCAACAUACAGGUUCUUUCUGAAAGAUCAGCUACUGAAGUAGACAGCAAUUUUAGCAAACCACCUCCGUUUUUCCCUCCAGGAGCUCCUCCCACCCACCUUCCACCGCCUCCAUUUCUUCCACCUCCUCCAACUGUCAGCACUGCUCCACCUCUGAUUCCACCACCAGGUUUCCCUCCUCCACCAGGUGCUCCACCUCCAUCUCUUAUACCAACAAUAGAAAGUGGACAUUCCUCUGGUUAUGAUGGUCGUUCUGCACGUGCAUUUCCAUAUGGCAAUGUUGCCUUUCCCCACCUUCCUGGUUCUGCUCCUUCAUGGCCUAGUCUAGUGGACACCAGCAAGCAGUGGGAUUACUAUGCAAGAAGAGAGAAAGAACGAGACCGGGACCGGGACCGGGAUCGGGACCGGGACCGGGAUCGAGACAGAGAACGAGAACGUACCAGAGAGAGAGAGCGAGAGCGUGACCACAGCCCUACCCCAAGCGUCUUCAACAGUGAUGAAGAGAGAUAUAGAUACAGAGAAUACGCUGAAAGAGGGUAUGAGCGCCAUAGAGCAAGCCGUGAGAAAGAAGAACGGCACAGAGAAAGACGGCACAGAGAGAAAGAGGAAACCAGACACAAGUCAUCUCGAAGCAACAGUAGACGUCGCCAUGAAAGUGAAGAAGGAGACAGUCACAGGAGACACAAGCACAAAAAGUCUAAAAGAAGCAAAGAAGGAAAAGAAGCCGGUAGUGAGCCUGCCCCUGAACAGGAGAACACCGAAGCGGCCCCUGCAGAAUAGGCCUGCUUUGGGCCUUCUGUGCAUAUUUAGUGCCAGAAGUAGAGUCUAUAAAUCUUGUUAUUUUUCUGGAUAAUGUUUAAGAAAUUUACCUUUAAUCUUGUUCUGUUAGUAUAAAAAGUUAACUUUUUUCUCUCCCAAAAUAAAAGUGAAUUUUUCAUGUUAAGUUAAAAAUCUUUGUCUCAUAAUAUUUAAAAAAAUAAAAAGACAGCAAUGACUU